CGCAUUAUCAGCGCCGCCAUUGAGGGACCCAUGAUCAGGAGCAAAGGGUCGGAGGCUGUCUAACAAAUAUCUCCAGCUUUUAGUCGCGAGUUCGGCUACAGUUAGAAUUUCUGUUACCUGACUUGUUUACUUUUGUUAUUUUUCGUGGGCGUGCUUCCUUGACACGCGUCUACCUAGACGGCGAAGGACUGAGGACUUAAAAAAAACCAUUUUCUAGAAAUAACGGGGGGGUGGAGAAUCCGAACCAGCAGCAGCUAUAACGAGGCUAUAGCGAGCUAGCUUACGUUAGCUAGCGACCUGGCUAACUGCACUCGAACUGAGCUUCGCUCGGCGGUGGGGUGGGGGGGCCGUUUGCCUUACAUUAUCGUUUGAUGGAUCCGAGAAUUGCCUGGUUUCAGCCAGAACAACUUGGACCCGCUAACAACCUGUGGAUGCAGAUUUGGGAGACGACACAAGGGUUCGGGUACCUUUAUGUAAAUAACUGCUACACCGCUGGACCUCAGAACACUUCGAGUUUGAAAACGGCCGUGAACGGGUGGCUGGGAGCCGCACUAUCUACUAGCAGAAACGGUAGUACGCUCGACUCAAGCACCGCUGCCGGGGAAGCCAAGACUCAGGUGAUGUCUGUCUCUACGGGGGAUGGAGACGUAACUGAACAGCGGGACUUUAUACCUCUGGACUCCCAAAGCAACCGCAACAACAGGGGCGGUGUCGUCGGUGAAGGAGGGCAUCAGCAGCAGGGCUGUGGGGUCACAGUGUUGUAUAGGGGCCACGCGGACGGACAUCCCAACAAAAGAAAAAGGGAAAAUAAAGCUAGCACGUAUGGAUUUAAUUCCAGCUUAUUGAACAACUUCAACUCUGGAGGACAUGAAGCUUACACUGGCACGCCAUGGAAGACCAGGAACUACGCGGACACAGUUGUAGGGUUACAUGAGGAGAUCAAGGAUUUCUAUGACUACAUUUCUCCACGGCCGGAGGAAGAGAAGAUGAGAUUGGAGGUGGUAGACCGAAUCAAAGGAGUAAUCCACGAUCUGUGGCCCAGCGCCGAGGUUCAGGUGUUUGGGAGUUUCAGCACUGGUCUUUAUCUGCCAACAAGUGACAUUGACCUGGUAGUUUUCGGUAAGUGGGAGACUCUCCCGCUUUGGACGUUGGAAGAGGCUCUUCGGAAGAGAAAUGUUGCGGAUAAGAGCGCGAUUAAGGUCUUGGAUAAAGCAACGGUUCCCAUCAUUAAACUGACUGACUCUGUCACUGAAGUCAAAGUGGACAUCAGCUUCAACGUGGAAAGUGGCGUCAAAGCUGCUCGGCUCAUCAAGGAAUUCAAAGAGAAGUACCCCGUGUUGCCUUACCUGGUUCUGGUGCUGAAGCAGUUUCUUCUACAAAGAGACCUUAAUGAGGUUUUUACCGGGGGCAUCGGCUCCUACAGUCUCUUUCUCAUGGCUGUCAGCUUCCUGCAGCUUCACUUCAGGGAGGACGUGUGCAGCCCCAACAUCAACAUCGGUGUGCUGCUGAUUGAAUUCUUCGAACUGUACGGUCGCCACUUCAACUACCUGAAAACGGGCAUCCGGAUAAAAGACGGCGGUUCUUAUGUGGCCAAAGAUGAGGUCCAGAAGAACAUGAUGGAUGGAUACAGGCCGUCUAUGCUCUACAUUGAGGACCCUCUGCAGCCAGACAAUGAUGUCGGCAGGAGCUCCUACGGUGCCAUGCAGGUGAAGCAGGCCUUUGAAUACGCCUUUGUGGUGCUCCACCAUGCUGUAUCACAGAUUGCCAAGUGCUAUCCCAAUAACGAAAGUGAGAGCAUACUUGGCCGGAUAAUCCGGGUGACCAAGGAAGUGGACGAGUACAGGGAAUGGAUCCGAAAUAACUGGGGCAACUCAUCGCAGAUUGAUCUGCCUCUUAAUAAAAACGAUGUGAAGCUGUUGGAUCCCCAGCAGCUGGAUGAGCGCAACAACAACGUUCCAGACGACGAGGUGGUUGUUGUUCUGCCACUAGCUCCUCGCAGCAAAACGUUCUCCAACACGUCGUCUCCACCCCCCUCCCUGCGUUCGUCUCACUCCUCCUCCCCUCUGUCCCCGCCAUCCACGUCCCCAACGUCUACCUCCAGCGAUGCGGACUCUGACGGCACACCGUGUAAGACGGCCAAGCAGCAGCCCGGUCGAGGCCCUGGCACUCUCAGAGAAAAGCCGGCUGUGGCCACUAAUCACCGCACACAGAAUCAAUCUACCAUCACUCCAACCACAGGCAACAAAGGAGGAAAGGCCCGGAUGUCUCGUGCCCACCACAAUAAUGGUCACCAAGGGCAGCAGAACUCAACCAAAACCACAAAUAAUCCUAAAAACAAGCUGGUUCACCAGGGCAAUAGCAAGAAGAGGAAAAAUGUACGGGACUCCACACAAGAGGAUCUCUACAGAUAGGGGUUACUUUGUUCUGCAACUCCUCCAACCCCUCGAUACCUUCUUCUCAUAAAGGUUUUACUUCUCCCUCUGGAUGUUAUUGGUGGUUUCAGAACACCUGAGGACUCCGGUGACCCUUUUCAGGGUGACAAAUAUUGCUUUCUUACUGAGGAAAAACAAAAAAAAACCUUAUUGGCAGUGGGAACCAUAUUUUUGGACCUAAACUGUAACUAAGAGUGAAUACUCCAUUGCUUCCCAUCGGCUUCAUUUAUGGAGCCCUUUUAAUUCCCGCAGCCAGGCUCCUGCACCCCCUGCUGUUCAGGACGAGGCCAGGACCAAGCACCUGGAACUGACUCUGCUCCGGAGCAAAAACCUGGAACUGCAAACCAGAUCACCAAUUUGAUUUUCCCGCCCUCACAAAAAAAAAGAAAAAAAAUGAGGAAAAAGACAAAAAAAAAUAUUUUAAUGUACAAAAAAGGAAAAAUGUCAAACACUUAUACAAUUUUUUUAUGAUGCUACUUACAAAUGCAAUCAGUGAGAGUGGGAAUUAAGUUAUGCAUGAUAUUUUUCUUCUGUUGAAUUUCUCUGUGAAUCCGUUUUGUCGAGUUCUACAAAAACAUUUGUACAAUGCUUAAAGAAAAUUGUUGCACAUAUGAGGAGACAAGAAAAAAAAACGAUUUCAUAGGACCUUUUUACGACCUCACUGGAUAAAAGUCACUUAAACACACGCGACGCGUCUUAUGACGGCUGCUGUUUGGACCAAUCAGCAGCUGGUUCGGGUCCCCAUUGCCAACAGAAAUCAUCAGCAUUUAUUUUUACUUCAGGUUCAUCUGAGCGUGUUGACAGCUAGCUUUGAGUGAGGCAGAGCUCACACCACCCACCCAUAGAUAACAGAAAUGAGCUUUGUACUCUUUAAGUAGCACAACCACAUCAGUAUAGAAGCUUGAAGGUCGAAACCUAUUGGUGGUGGUAAUGAUUUUAUUAAAAAUCCUAAACUUGAAAUGUGUUAGCAAUUGGUCUGUGGGAGAUAAUCUGUUUAUUUAGGAAUUUACCAACUGCAGAAUCAUUUGUAUUUGUUAAAUGUAUUUAUUUUUUUAUUAAUUACAUGGACAUAGUACGGAUAAAUGUAUUAUUAAUAUUGUAUCUCAUAUCUGAGUCCUAUAUUUUAAGAUGGGAUCAUUUGGAGCUGAGGUUGGAUAGAAAAAGAUAUAUUCAGGAACAGGUAAAAAUGAUCUUUUUAUUCGUUCUACUAGUUGAGUGACCAAGUUACCUUUGAAAAUUGAAGAGACCAUUUUAUAAGCACGUGGAAUCCUUUUUGCUUUACUAUUAGGCAGGUCUACUUACUCAAAAAGGGAUUUUUGUUCUUUUCUUGGUAGCUUUGUUGUACCUAUCUUGGGUAAAAAAAACGGUCACAACAAACAUCUCAAGUGUUGCAGUACAACAACUGGCCUGUAGAUGGAGCCCUUGUUCCAUGUUUAUACGGCACGUGGCUGGUUAAGAUCAGUGAUUGACUGUUAUUACGCUCAUUUUUCCACUUAGUUGGCUUUUUUGCACACAGAAAACCUGUUAAGAUUAAUAAAUAUCAGAGGGAGCAGCACACCAAAGCACAGUUGAAAUUACUCAAAAGUUACCCGCAGUUAUUCAACUAGCCAGCAAAAGCAGGAAAAAAAACCCACAUUUAGAGGCUGUUAAAUGAGAAAAUAUAAGUUGGUUAAAAUACCCACUCCACAUUCACCAGUGUGACUGUUAUGCUUGACGGAUAAAAUGGUAAAAUGAACCCUGGCCACUUGUUUUAACCACAAAAUAAGGCUUUGAACCCAGACUGUACUGAUUGGAAUUCCUCUGCAGCUAUUCAAAUUCAUGCAAUAAAACAUUACCAUCUC